CUCCCUCUCGACCAAGGAAAAGCAACGUCAGUAACAGCUGUGCUUGCCCCCCUACCGUCUGUUUCCCUCUCGCGCACAGAUCUUCAAGCGCCGGAUGCGAUCCUCAGUUUCUCUUCCGCUCGCUUAGAUCCACUCUCUAUCGUAACUCACCUCCCCCUGAGUCCAAUCCGAGUCAGUUUGUACUCAUCUGUAAAUACUCUGCCCUAAUUCUUGCAAUCUCGCUCGUCUUGCUCUGUCCGAGUCCAUAGACGAAUCUGUAGUUCAAUAACACCGAUUUUACUGGUCUUCGAGGAACUCCGUACUACUGAGAACCGACUGAGAAACACUACGAGUUUUUGCAUUUUCAGUCGGCUCGUCAUUGCGGCUCGGUCCUAGUUGGCACCGAGUCUGGAAUUCCGUGAUUUAUGGUGAUAUUUGAUAGAUUUGUCUGUCGAAGUUAGGGUUUUUCAGUUACUAGUGGGUUGCUUGCCAUGGCGUCUCAGCCUCAGAGCUGGCGCGAGGGCAUGUCCUCUGACAAUAUUAAGGGAUUAGUUUUGGCGCUUUCCUCGAGUUUCUUUAUCGGUGCAAGCUUUAUAGUCAAGAAGAAGGGCCUCAAGAAAGCCGGUGCUAGUGGCAUCAGGGCAGGAGUUGGAGGCUAUUCUUACUUGUAUGAACCUUUAUGGUGGGUGGGCAUGAUAACUAUGAUUUUUGGAGAGAUUGCUAAUUUCGCAGCUUAUGCAUUUGCACCGGCAAUACUAGUUACUCCUCUGGGUGCACUCAGCAUAAUAAUCAGUGCCGUUCUUGCGCAUAUAAUGCUACGAGAGAAGCUACACAUUUUUGGAAUUCUAGGUUGUGUCCUAUGUGUUGUCGGGUCGACAACAAUUGUUUUGCAUGCCCCUCAAGAACGUCAGAUUGAGUCUGUCACAGAGGUUUGGGACCUUGCCACAGAGCCAGGCUUUCUAUUGUAUGCCGCUGUGGUCAUAACAGCUGUUUUUAUACUAAUAUUUCACUUUAUCCCGGAAUAUGGGCAGACACACAUAAUGGUUUCUAUUGGAGUUUGUUCCCUUGUAGGUUCUUUGUCGGUCAUGAGUGUUAAAGCCCUUGGCAUUGCAUUGAAGUUAACGUUGUCGGGAACGAAUCAGCUAAUAUAUCCACAAACUUGGGUUUUCACUGUUGUUGUAGUCAUGUGUGUGCUCACACAAAUGAAUUAUUUGAACAAGGCACUUGAUACUUUUAAUACAGCCGUUGUAUCUCCCAUAUACUAUGCUAUGUUCACCACACUAACCAUUUUGGCUAGUAUUAUCAUGUUUAAGGAUUGGGAUAGGCAAAAUCCAACGCAGAUUGUCACAGAGAUGUGUGGGUUUGUUACCAUCCUCUCAGGAACCUUUCUUCUUCACAAAACAAAGGAUAUGGCUGAUGGUGCAAGUUUGACUAGUUCUACGUCUGUAAGGCUAUCUAAGCACACAGAAGAGGAUGGUUUUGGUGCUGAAGGUAUCCCUCUUAGGCGGCAGGACUCAUUGAGAGCAUCUUGAUGCAUACCUCAGCUUGUUUCUGUGAGCUUUUAUUUUCUUGGAGAGGGAACUUUCUGACAUCAACCAAUUAAGGUUUAAUGAAUCUCUCUUCUCCGUCUCUUUUUUCCUGGGAUACUGUCAGAAAAGGGAGGGCAAGCUUUUUCCUCAUCUGUUCUCUAUUUGGCAUUGCAAUUCGACCUUUAGCAUGUUCACUGCCUUGUAUACAAUUUCCUCUCCAAUUCAUACGAAAGAAAAAAUACCUUGUAAUUUUUAACACAUUUGAUAUACAAGACCAAUGUGGUGUGCCGUAUGGCAAAACUUCAGCGGAUUUUCUUGCCAAAAAUGUUAUCAAUCGCGGUUAAUUCUCUCGGAUGGUA